AUGGCCGAGGUGGAGGGUCUGCCCACCUUCGGGCCCGAGCUGAAGGCGAGUCCCCUCCUUGCACGUUGCGUCUUUGCAUAUUGGCUGACGGCCGACACCAUCGCCAGCGAUGGCUUCAAGCCAGCAAGCGCCUGGGUUGGCCACGGCAUUGCCUGGCUGGAAGAUAUCCAGCAGUUUUACCGCGACCGGUCUCUCAUCGAGAAGGAAUACGCCGCCAAGCUGAGUGCCCUUGCCAGGAAGUAUUUUGAAAAGAAGAAUAAGAAGUCGUCGCAGCUGAGUGUUGGUGACACGCCUACCAUGACUCCUGGCUCGCUUGAGAGUGCUUCGCUCACCACGUGGUCUACUCAACUCAAAACCCUCGAGUCCAGAGCUGCCGAGCACGACAAAUAUGGCAGCCUCCUCGUCUCACAAGUCGCCGAGCCCCUCAAGUACUACGCCGCCCGCUUCGAAGAGCUGCGCAAGCGACACGUGGAAUACGCCGACAAACUGGCGGCCGAGCGUGACGCAUCCUACGGCGACCUGCGCAAGGUCAAGGCCAACUAUGACUCCGUCUGUCACGAAGUUGAGACUCGCCGCAAGAAAUCCGAGUCGCACCAGGACAAGGCCAAGGCCCAGAGUGCCUACCAACAGCAAAUCUACGAAAUGAACAAUGCGAAAAACAGCUACAUCAUUGCCAUCAACGUCACCAACAAGCACAAGGAAAAGUACUACCACGAAUAUGUCCCCGAGGCCAUGGACAGUAUACAGCAUCUGCACGAGUUGCGGACCCUCAAGCUGAAUGGGCUGUGGGACGCCGCCACUAAACUGGAGGGCACAAUGCUGCGAGACAGCUUGGGCAUGAUGGAUCACUUGGCACACGAGGUUGGCCGGAACCUGCCGCACCUGGACUCGCUGAUGUACAUGCGACACAACAUGGGGUCUUUCCAGGAGCCCGCCGACAAGGAAUUCGAGCCCAGUCCCGUAUGGCACGACGAUGCCAUCAUGGUGGUGGACGAGACGGCAAAGGUCUACCUGCGGAAUGUGCUCAGCAAAUCCAAAUCACAGCUGGGCGAACUUCGGCGAGAGGUGGACAAGAAGCGGCGCGAGGUCGAAGCCGCAAAGAAGCUCAAGCAGCGGGUACGGGACGGGACCGAGAACAAGGACGAGGUGGAGGUGGUGCGGUCCCUGUUAGCCAUGCAGGAAGAGCUUCACUCGUUGGACCGGCAGCGCCUGACGGCCGAGGUCGAAACCGGCACCAUUACCGCCGUCGUGGGAGACGUGACGCUCGGAGCAAAGAGUCACAACUUCAAGUCGCAGACGUACAGAGUUCCGACCAACUGCGAUCUCUGCGGCGAGCGCAUCUGGGGGCUGAGCGCCAAGGGCUUCGACUGCCGAGACUGCGGCUACACCUGCCACAGCAAAUGCCAGAUGAAGGUUCCCGCAGACUGCCCCGGCGAGCAGAGCAAGGAGGAGCGCAAAAAGCUCAAGGCCGAGCGCCAGGAGGCCGCCAAUCGUCUUGUGGUGCGGGAUCCCGCGGCGCCCCUGCACGUCGCCGACGUCCCCGGCCUGACCAGGUCGAACACGAUGAACUCGCUGAGCUCGCAUUCCGCCAGGAGGUCGGUCUCGGGCUCAGUCGCAAAGACCGAAGUAGAUGCCGGCGAGCCGCCUCUCGCACCGCGCCCGAGUCUCUCGCCCAACCUGCAGGGCAGCACCGCCAGCCCCUCCGCCGCCGCCGCAGGCACGCGUAAGAGGAUGGCCGCUCCACCUCCGUCUUCGUACAUCGGCGAAGCACCAGCAGGCGGGGUCAAUGGCAACGGGAACAAGGAGGAGAAGAAGGGCAAGAUGCUGUACGCGUUUGACGCCAGCGGUGACGGGGAGCUGUCGGUGGCGGAAGGCAGGGACGUGACUCUUCUCGAACCAGACGACGGGUCCGGCUGGGUAAAAGUGCGCGCCGGCUACAAAGAGGGCAUGGUGCCGGCGUCAUAUGUCGACUUCACGGCGGCGCCGGCGGUCCCGACGGCCACACGGCCCGAGUCGACGUACUCGACGUCGACGACGUCGUCGGCGGCGCCGUCAACAGGACCGGGCGGCAAGAAGAAGGGCCCCGCGGUGGCCCCGCGCCGGGGAGCCAAGAAGCUCAAGUACGUGGAGGCGCUGUACGAGUACGCGGCGCAGAGCGCGGACGAGCACUCCAUGGUUGGGGGGGAGCGGUUUGUACUCGUCAAGGAGGACCCCGGGGACGGCUGGGUCGAAGUCGAGAAGGCUGGUGUCACGGGAAGCGUGCCCGCGAGCUAUGUCCAGGUGGUGUAG